AUGCUGCACCCGCGUCUUUGGCGCGACGAUCAUUUGACCGCGCAGUGCACCGCAUGCGCGGCCGUCUUUACGCUCUUUCACCGCCGCCGUCAUCACUGCCGCCACUGCGGCGGCGUCUUUUGCGCUGCGUGUACCACGAAACGCCUGUGGCUGAGACCUGGACCUCCUGUGCUCUCUCGUCAUGUGGAAAGCAACUCGGCAAAACGGGCUCUUGCUGAGAUGCUGGUAACGCCUGGUGUAGUCACGCCAAUCACCGCUGUCGCCACCCCCUUUUCAAACCCCACCUCCUCACUACGCGACGCCAACUCGUCCGCCUCCGGCACAUCGAAGAACGAGGCGCGACGCAGCGUGACGACGAUGACAACAGCGACCUCACAUCACCGCGACAGCAAUAGUGAGAGGUACACUUCCUCAUCUGCGGAGGCGGAGAGGCCAGCGUCGCCGCCGAAGUCGGCGUCUCGACCGCGCAGCGAAGGUAGCGGGCUAGUAGAAAGUAGAAGCUAUCGCUUGGUCUCCGCGACGUCGAUUGCUGCCGCGUCGGAAGUUGGGCAGACAUCACAGACCCCAUCGCAAAGCAGCAGCCACACCCCGGAGGCGCAAAGCGUGUAUCCCAGUCAUUGGAUGCCAAGCAGACUCUUCUCCUCCAGCAUCGACGUCAUCGCCCCCUUCACCACCACCGGCGAUGCGUCGUCCCAAGCCUGGACAAAAUCAGAGGCCAUGGGUACCUUCGAGCAGGGUUCCUCGUCACACCUGCUGCGCGGCAGCUCCGUCACCGUCGGUGGGGAAGAGAACGGCUGUACCUUGCUCAUGUCUGACUCGCUACUGAACCAAUGUUGCUUAUCCGAACACCAAAAUGAUCAGCAGCAGAACCAGCAAGGAGUGGCAGCCGGAGAUGACAGCGCCUUGGACAGCUCACCCGAAACGCGCAACGACGAACGCACCACCCCUGGCACUGCUUCGGCCACCACGCGUGGAAACGGCAGCAACAGGGGUGACAGCACGAAGGGCAUCCUCGUUGGCGAGGAGAACGCCUACCGCCGCAAAAGCUACAAGGUAGAGGUGGACUCAGUGCAGUGCAUUACGUGGUACCUCUGCCGGGUGUGUUGCAGCUGCUACGAUCACCUCGUGAACUGCAUCAUCGAUGCGCACGAGGCACCUGCCAUUGCUCUGCACAGCCGCUCGAGGCUACCCCUUUCCUGCUACGUUCGAUUGUGCAGCUCCGGUGAGCCGCUCAGCACCGAUGGUAGGACAGGGGACCCUCAUCAGUGGCGUGUCUCUGGAACACCACCGCGUGCAACCUCAUGCCCGACUCCAGCGGGAAGCGUGGCGCUGGCAUCGUGGUUAUCUAUCUGGACGCGAGUUCGAGCAUCGGUAUCACUACUGGCCUCUUAUGCUCAGUCGACGAUGGCGCUGCCUGCCAUGACGGCAGCAGCAACGCCACCGCCUUCUUCGUCAUUACACUCGCAGACUCACGACCUCUGUCAAGCGCGUGGCACUGCAAACAGCCAAGUGAGCAGAAAGACCAACUCGACCGCCACCGCCGCGCAGACAAGCGCCGGAUUCAGCGGAAGCGGGUGCAUCUCUCCUGUUAGCCACGAAUCCUCAAGAGGGGACGACUCGAUCCUGUCACUUUCUGCACAACCCGGCAUAGCAUCACUCAACAUGGCAUCGGCACAACCGCAGUCACCGCAGCUACAGCAGCGGCAGCAGUCCUCGUCUUCGAGGCGUGCGCGGCGCGUUGUUACCCCACCCCGUCGGCUCCUCAUCAGCAUUGACGGUAGCCCAGGCCCUCUGCGCCAGGCCGUGGCGCUGGCACGUCGACGGCGGCGUAUUGCGGUCAUCUUGAUAGACGAACGCGACCUUGCUGCCGCAGACGAUGGCACCAAAGUGCAGCAGCAGCAGCAGCAGCAGCAGUAUCACGAGGCUCCAUGUGGAGCCCUAUCUGCACUUCUUUCUGCGGGCCCUGACACAGAGACGGCGCCUCAGCCCAGCGCAAUCACUGAACAGAGUGGUAGUAUGCGGAGCGCAGACUGGAUGCCAUCCAUCGCCGCAGCCGCCGAGGCCACCUCGCUGGUAUUUCAGCACACGGAAAGCAACAAGGAUGACGCUCACCAACAGAGCCACGUAGCCGGCGACACGACAGCGCCAGUGACUACAACAAAGGCGUCGGCACAGCGGCCAAAGUUGUCAAUUCUCGUGGAUGACGUCACCUUCAGUGACGCCGACGGGACGACAGCCGUUUCCACCAGCUGCAGCAGCGCAGAUACGACAGCACUGCGCGGGCUCGCACCUGCGGCGUGGCUUUUACCGCAACUCCCUCUCCAAGCAGUGGCUCCGGUAAACCCGAUGACGGCCACACGAGCCCCGUCGGCUACGUUGUUCUCUUUGCUUCCAUACGAGCACGCAUCCCUCGGGGCCGCUGUAUCGUCCUCAGUAGGAGCCGCAGCAACCGCCGCAUGCCCGGCGAUAAGCAGGCCGAUUUCCUGUGUGCCGGAGGGCUCGCAGGCUGUCGUCUUCCCGGUUCACAGCACUGGAGCGGCAACGACGCCGAAGAUGGAGGGAAAGUUGCGGGCGCUACCCGUCACCCUCGACAGCGGCAUGUGUGUAUUGCGAGCACUCUUUUCUCAGAUCGGCGCAGUAGUACGUCGCUCAUCUACGCUGGCCACGACAGCGUGCGCGACGACGACGCCAACCUCAGCAGCAACGGCAGCUUCCGGAGGCAGCGGCUUCCCUCUGCUGGCGAACACCACAGGCGCAGGUAGCCUUUUCACUGACCCCGCGAACUGUGGUAGCGCACGAGCCAUCGCGACGCCCCUCUGGAGCGCUGGCCCCGAAUCGUACGCUGCGCAGCGGCAGGCGCUGGUUCGCGACAUGAUAAUGCGGUACCAGCUAGGCCCGGGCGUAGCACCCUCGGAGGUAGUGACCUCGCCACUCAUCUCCGCCUUCAUUAGUAACGCCUACACCCCAGCAGCGGAUCAGAACGAUCCAGCGCACUGGUGUGGCACGACCGGCCACCGUGGAGCGCCAGGUGGGUUUGGCACUGGCAGCAGCGGCUACGUGAACGCGACCUGUCGGCGUGUCUGCGGGUGCCCUACGACGGCGUCAUACGAGCGCGUUACGGCGCCGGUGACGACGUACCUCCACCUGCGGCCACCGGCGGCUGCCGUUACCAUCCUGCCCGUCUCUACCCAAGUAGAGGUUGUCGGGAUCCCCAUCGACACGUCUGCCGUCACGGAUACAGCCGCGACUACAGCAGUUACACCAAGUGCGGUGUCGGCGGUAUCACCAGGGCACGCGUCCCCUCAUGCACGCGGUGGCGAUGUCUGUGCCAGCUCUACCGUCAUCCCAGGGCUUGUCGCUGGCGACACGGGAGGCAGCACCUCGCGCCCCUUCACGAUGACCGAGCUCCUGCCGCAACUGGCAAAGUUAAGUACGAACCUCGACGGCUACGUGAUCGUCAUCCUGCGGCGCCAGAGCUCCAGGUAUGCGAGUGGGGACGACAGAACUUCUCUCGGCGGUGGCACCACGGCAACGCGUCCUGGCUCCAACGGUAACUCCGCUGGGCACACAUCUGUGGCCCAGAUGGGCGGCAGUAACUGCAGCGGCGUGCAACAGAGUGCAGAUGCAGACCGGCUCGCCUCGAGCCCCUGUGUAUCCUUUUCUCUUCCUGAGGAGAGCAAGUGCUCUGUGCCACGGUCACCACAGCGGCACGACCCGAAUCAGCGGCAGCGUCGCCGCCACCGCGUCACGGAACUGUUUGGUGGACAGCACAUUCGACUUCUCUAUCAGCAGCUGCAGAGCUGCGGGGUGCCGCAGCCAGCCAUUAGCGUUCUGGAGGUGAGCAACGAAGCCGAGCUCGAUGCACUAAAGCUGUCGCCAGUGCAUCUGCCCAGUGGCAAGAGCCCACUGGAAGAGGCGAUCCUCUACCGCGACGAGCUUGGCACAUCCUCCAUGCCGCACCUCAAGGCCCGUGCAGCCACCGGAGGGAAGGACGGAGUUGCGGAAGGAUGGCCGGGUGCCGCGAAGAUGUCCUCACAAAACUCCGCCUUGUCCGCCUCCGGCAUCUCGACGGCAUCGUCCGUCGACUCGGGCUCGAUGUGGCGGCCAUCAAGCAUUUUAAUGAGCACUUCGGCACCGUCUACGCAGGUGACAGAGCGAACACCGUAUUCGCCGUCGAUACUCGGUGACUCACUGGAGAGGAUGCAGCUACCUGCAUCAGUGAGCGGUGGGUUCGGUCAGACGGCGAGACUGAUGAACGCGUCUACCGUUUCGGUGGCACCGCCGACUGCCCUAGAGCAGGCCAUGGCCUCCCUGCGGUGUGCGACUCGGCAGCUGGGCGUAUCCAUGUGCAGCAUGACGUACACCUCCGCGACAACACCGCGUACGAUGGGCAGCGCGCCACCCCUGGGCUCCAGUCAGAGUCCCUGGGCGGCGACGGCAACCAUAGUGGAGGAAGCAUCGGAGCCUGCUUUACUGGACUCACCAAGACUCAGGGCGAGCCAUAAUGCCGGUGGUAGCGGUGGUGAUGGCGCUCUGCUCACGCGCCCACUGGAGUCACUCGUGGCCACGCUGGUCUACCGAGACAUUUGUCGCACUCUCUCCCAGUAG